GCAUUUACAACACUGUUUCUCACAUAUUUCAUAUGACAUUGACAACCAGACAACUUUGAUUUGACAUAUGUCGAGCGAUGUAAACUUCCUCUAAAAAUUACGUAAAUAUAAAAUAUUCCAAAAAAUCCCCAAUUCCCAAGAGAGAGACUGGUACCGUUAUAAAGAAACAGGAAAACAGAUUCAGUUAAAGAUGCUUCGUACCGCUCUAGUUCCUUGCAAAGAGGCAGUCGCUUCUUCCAAUAUACUUCGGAACUUGUCUGGCAGUUUUGGCACAGUUCAAAUCCUAAAUAGAAAUCAGUCCACACAAUCUGCCCCAGCUGAAAGGCCUUACUCCCCACAUCAGGUACCCAAAACUAAUUUGGCCGAAUAUGCUCUUGCUCGUGUAGAUGACUUGCUGAAUUGGGGAAGAAAGGGGUCUAUGUGGCCCCUUACAUUCGGUUUGGCAUGCUGUGCUGUUGAAAUGAUGCACAUUGCUGCUCCACGAUAUGAUAUGGAUAG